ACCUCAAUUCCAGAUGAGGGGAAAUGUCAGCUCACACUCUAUUUCUCGGCGGCUCAUCUGCCUACUGAGGAGUCGCUUCUGAAUCCUGAAGAAGUGGAGGCCUGUGAGGAACGCGGGAUUCAAGGUUACUUCUUCGCCCGUGCAGUGUUGGGCUCCGACUUUCAAAUCUCUAACAGCCAUCCACUCCCACGUGCCUUCGCAAAGUUGGCAGACGAUGGUGAUAGAGAUUUUGGCCUUUACAAUAAUUUACCAGAAACUAAUCUCUUCAGAAUUCCGGCUCCACGUUUUCUGGGCUUCCUACAACUGUCACUAUUUGAGAUACUUGGAAAUGAAAAAUUCCAAGACCUUGCAGAAGCCUUUCACUGGUCGUGUCCUCGAAAUGACACGACGUUGGACCUGACGGCGACUUGUGACCGGUAUCCUGUCUAUCCUCUGUUUCAGCCUUCUGCAGAUGACUUGAAUGACUACUGGAUUGCAGUUCAGAUAUGUAGUUCUGCCUUACCGACUUCGAAGGGAGAAAUGAUGCAGGACUGGAAAAUCCCACGAGUGGGAGCAAGUGGAGAACGUGGUGCCCUCAUCUGGUUUUCCAGUGCUCAUGACAACAGCAAUUUGGCUGCUCUGUACGAGACCGAAGCUCCAGUAGUGUCUCCUACAAAGAUGGAAUCAUUUCCCGCUUACUUGCAUCUAGAACGCGCCAAUCGACUCGUAUGCCAUGCCACGUGA